GUAGUCUGCAGACAGACAGGCAGGCAGUCGGCGGAGCCGUGGAAGUAUCCCAGCAGCCAGAGCCCAGGGGCGGCCGGUGGGAGGAGGCAGAGAGUCCGCAGCUGCCGCACCGUUCAGCCUCUUUGACAGCCGCAAGAGGAAGGAGCCGCCCGCACCGACCCAUGUCUACGGAGCUGUCUGAAGACCGGGACCUCGACGGGUUAGAGGAGCAGGCAGCAGACGGACACACCAGACUGGCAGACAUCUGCAGCGGCACAGCGGGCAGCAGCAUGGCGUCCAUACCGGAAUUCUACGCCGGCAAGAACGUGCUGAUCACGGGAGCGACGGGCUUCAUGGGGAAGGUGCUGGUGGAGAAGCUGCUGAGGUCGUGCCCCGAGGUCAAAGCCCUCUACCUGCUGGUCAGACCCAAAGCCGGGCAGUCCAUGCAGCAGAGGGUCAGCGACAUGAUGACCUGCAAGCUUUUUGACCGAGUGCGAGAGGACAACCCCAACUUCCACCAGAAGAUCAUCCCCAUCAGCAGCGAGCUGAUGCAGCCCGGCCUCGCCAUCAGCCCGGAGGAUGUUGAGAAGCUCUCCGCCUGCAUCAACAUCGUCUUCCACUGCGCUGCCACCAUCCGCUUCGACGAGCCGCUCAAACACGCCCUGCAGCUGAAUGUGAUCGCCACACAGCAGCUCCUCAGCCUGGCCCAGCAGAUGCACCACCUCGAGGCCUUCGUUCACAUCUCCACCGCCUAUGCAAACUGCAACCGCAAGCACAUCGACGAGGUCAUCUACCCGCCACCGGUCGAGCCUCGGAAGCUCAUCGAGUCUCUCGAGUGGAUGGACGACGGCAUCGUGCGUGACAUCACGCCGCGGCUCAUCGGCGACAGGCCCAACACGUACACCUACACCAAAGCCCUGGCCGAGUACGUGGUGCAGCAGGAGCAGGACAAACUCAACAUCGCCAUCAUCAGACCCUCCAUAGUGGGAGCCAGCUGGCAGGAGCCGUUCCCCGGCUGGAUCGAUAACUUCAACGGGCCGAGCGGAGUCUUUAUAGCUGCUGGAAAGGGGAUCUUGCGCACCAUGAGAGCCAACAACGAUGCGGUGGCUGACCUGAUCCCCGUGGACGUGGUCAUUAACCUCACCCUGGCUGCUGGCUGGUACACCGCGGUGCGCAGACCUAAAACCGCUCUGGUGUACAACUGCACGACCGGCGGCAUCAACCCGUUCCACUGGGGAGAGAUUGAGCACCAUGUGAUGUCGUCCUUCAAGAGGAACCCGCUGGAUCAGGCUUUCCGCCGGCCCAACGCCAACAUCACCUCCAACUAUCUGAUCAACCAGUACUGGAUCCUCGUCAGCCACAAGUUCCCCGCCCUCAUCUACGACCUCGUCCUGCGUCUCUCUGGACAAAAGCCGCAGAUGAUGCGCAUCUUCAAUCGUCUGCACAAGGCCAUCAGCCUGCUGGAGUAUUUCAGCAGUCAGGACUGGGAGUGGAACUCCGAGAACCUGAACAUGCUGAUGAGCCAGAUGACCCCAGAGGACAGAAAGGCAUUUAACUUUGAUGUGCGCCAGCUGAACUGGCCCGAGUACAUCGAGAAUUAUUGCAUCGGCACCAAGAAGUACGUCCUGAAUGAAGACAUGUCUGACAUUCCUGCUGCCAGGCAGCAUCUGAGGAAACUGAGGAACAUCCGCUACACUUUCAACACCCUGCUGGUGGUUUUCAUCUGGAGGGUGUUUAUCGCCCGCUCCCAGAUGGCCAGAAACAUCUGGUACUUUGUGGUCAGCCUCUGUUUCAAGUUCCUCUCCUACUUCCGCGCAUCCAGCACCAUAACCAACUGAGUCUUCCUCGCCGCCUCAAACCAGAGACAGCAGCCCUCGCCUUUUAGCUGUCAGCAGGACGUAACAUCUGAGACUCUGACCAUCCACAAAGGACGACCUCAAUCCUCCUCUUUGUGUGGAUUAGCUGGGGGCUCUCGACAGGUGGGAGGCUGCAGUUGUGUGAAACACUCAGAAGCGAGAAAAGAGGUCUACUAGCCAUGAAUUAUUUGUUUAGUUUUCUGUCACUGUUCAGUCACCAGACCCCGUCCAAAAAAAAAAAAGUGUUGUCAUUCAUUUUGUACCUGCCGUUUUCUUCUCAAAGUGGCCAAUUAUAUAUGCAACAAUAAGCCUUUUGUGUGACCUUCAUUUUCUUUUCCACGUCAUCGUUUCCAUCCUCUUGAAUCUACAUUGCCUUGCCUUGUGAUGAUUUUUUUUCAUACUUGAAAUAUGGCAGUGCUUCACUGGAGGACGAUUUCUACAAGAUUAUUUUCUGUUUUUUACUGUGGGGAUAUCCACUUCCUCUCUUUAAUACGCAGGUGAUUUGGAUAUCUGUAUGUCUUGCAUUACAUGUUAUCUACUGCCUUUGUAAGAUUACACCAGAAAACGAACUGUUGGUUAUCUGUCUCAAGGCCAAUCCACAUAUUGAGACUCGUAGAAAGCAAAAUUCUGACCACAAGACAACAGUAUCACUACAUAUUUACCGAAACAUCUGGAUCUGCCACCUUUCCUGCUGUCGAGGUUGUCACUUAUUUACUAUCACAAACAAUAAUGUCUUUGAACAUAAUCCUUGUUUGUUUGAAUGCUCAUCCACUUUUUGCCUGUUUGUACAGCAGUUUGUACUGAAACUAAGUUUACUACUUUUACAUCUUUAUACUUGCGUCAAAGGCUAGUCUGAUAUAAGUGGUAGACCUUGGCAGUGUAUUAUAUAUAAAUAAGAGUACAUCAGAGUCAAGUGUAUUUGUAUAGCCCGGUAUCACAUACUGUACAAUGUCUCUGAACAGUUUCCAACCAAGUUUUCUAAGAAGACAAACUCCCCCAGAACCUCAAAAGGCACUUCAAAAAGGGACCGCUCCUCUCUCCUCAGACAGCUGCGGGUGAAACAGUAACCAUAGGUGAAAAUAUUACACAUUAACAUUAAACUGUAACAGUUGUACACACCAAAUACACAACCCUGUCUCCUAAAAAUUACGUUCGUAUGUUAGUGAACUCCUUUGUUAAAUAUGUUGUUGUGGCGACGUAAUCGCUGCCUGGAAUAUGUUCAGAGACAACGUUUCUCUCAGGUAACGACACACAACAUUCAUGUAUCGCAUAGAUUUUGCAAGGUAGCUGUUUGAGGAGGAUGGCAGGGGUAGUGUAGGACAUGGAUACCAGAUCCCCAGCUAUGUGUCCAGACUUCUUUUUUAGGUUUCGGCAUUAAGACACUUUGGUUAUGGUUAGGAAAAGAUCUUUACAUCAGUUAAAUUUUAAAAAAGAAAACAGAGGUAAUUACAAAAAAGAAAUGCUGUAGUCGCUACGACUGGAUACUGUGUUGCAAGACUGCCUAAAUUAGUAGAAAAUACAUAACAUUUUUCAUUGAAAAUUUUGCUGAUUGGCUCAGUACCAACAUUUUUGCAACUUGCCAGGUUGUGCAUAAACAUAAUUUCUAGAAGACAGGGCUGAAACAAAAAAGUGGAAUUCUAUAAAGUCCAAUGCUGAUGUCGUAAAUCAAAAAUUAAGAAGUUCAAAGAAUAGGUCCUGUCCAAUACCAGUGAUUUAAAUGUCCAAGAUUGUAGUUAUGCGAGGUUGGGAGACCAAAGUUAAGAGCAAGCAAUUUAGUAAAGUAGGAAGGACCCUGGUUUACAUUUGUUACAUUUGAGUCACAAUGAUUACCUAGGACAUUGUUUAACAAUGUUGUUCUGAAGGUAUUUCUAGAAACCUUAAAGAAUCGAACCAUUCGGAAAUUAUUCCUUCCACUGCAUGAUAAAGACAUACAACAGACAUGUUUCCUGAUCCAGAAAAAUUUGAUAGCCGAGUAGUUUCGUGGAAAAGAAAAUACUCUUAAGAAACUGAGUUGCAGUUUGAGAAAUGGGUUUGAAAUCAUUGUUUUGGAGCAGCAUUUUCAUCAAAAUGGUUCGAGGAAUCAUUGAAGUUUCUAGAAAUACAGUCAGAACAACAGCUGUUAAAUAUGGGUUUUUCAAACAUCACAGGGUCUGUUUUAUUCAAGGAACAGAUGAUGUUACUCAUAUGUAAUGCUAAUACUUGAGUCAGCAGAAGGAAAAUGAGCCAUCAGGGCACUCAGCAGAUAGCAGCAGGCAUGGCUGAAGGAAACUUGAGGUUUAUGCCAUGUGAAAAUGAAGGCAGUAUUGACUGAAGAUUUCUUUUAGUUCUUGAGGCAGGCCUUAGAAUAAUGAAGAAGUCAUGCGGUUUGUUAGAUAUGUCUGAGAAAGAUCAUGUAUUUAUAUGUAAAGAUAGACCACAGAAUCAUCCCCAAAGAAGCAGGCAACUCUGUUGAAGGCUAAAAUUUUCCCAUUUAAACCAGAAAGAGAAAGAUUUCAGUUUUGUCUGUGUGUAAGAAAAGAUUUAUCAAACUGCUUUUGACAUCAAGAUAUGGCAUGGAGCAAUCUUUGCACUUAUUGCUAUAUAGAGUUGAGUGUCAUCUGCAUAAGGGCGAAGAUUCAUGCUGCAGCUGCAAAUUAUUCUGCCGAACAUAAGGAUAUUGUGAACAGCAGUGGACCAAGUACAGAGCCCUGAGGUUUGCCAUAUCUUACCCAAUGGAGAAUUGGACUAUUUUUAAGCAACUGUGACCUACUAUAUGUUAGUCUGGACCUAAAUCACAAAAGUGCUAGGUUAUGAAUAAGGAAUUUAAGGUCUUCCUGGUAUUACAUCCUUGACCCCAGUUUGGAAGAUCUGUAAAUAGUUGAACUACAUAUUAUUCUUAUAGACUACCAAAAAUUGUAUUUGACUGUUGAUUUUUUUGUUUUGCUUGGUGAGUGUCUUCACAGGAUUUCACCAACAGAGCUUCCCACAGAGUCUACCAAAAGUGUUUAAGUGCGACAGGCAGGUGUGAUUUUUACUAAACAAAUGAAAAAACUGUGUACAGUAUUGUUUGUGUUGCGAGGCUUGACUCUUUGACAGAUUACAAAUAACAGUUAUAAGUAAUAUGGGAGAAAAAGGGACGCAACUAAAUAAAUGUUUAUGCAAAGCUCAUGUCUGUGGUGUAAUCAUGGUAACUGUCCUCCUAAUUUCAGAGGGGGAUAAUAAACCAAAAUGUCUGCAGUCAUACGAGGCCUGUAUGAUGAAGUGGUAUCAUCAUUGUUCUUGCAGCGUUAUUGUAACAGUGUUGUUACGGAGGUUUGCUCUUCUGUAUGUGUGUUUCACAACAAAGUGCUGUCUUUGCUGUUUGUAAACCAAAUGCAGAGCUCUGUUGGUACGGAAAACCGCAGGCUGGAGCUACAACAGCAACGCGUAACCAAUGACUUCAUCUUACUACUUUCUGGUGUCAUUUACAACUUGUUUGACCACCUUUAGUCCUUGCUCUGACAACACUUCAUUCAAAGUCUGCUUGGCAAAACUGAAAUAAACUAGAAGAGAAAA